AAUUAUCAAAUCCAAUACUCUCUUAUAAAGUUUUUCACAACCGAAAAUUCGUAUUAAAAAAUACUUUUAUCAAAAGAAUAAUGAAGAGUAAAGGUCUCCUAUUACUGUUGCUCAUUACAUUGGCAUACAAUGGAGUUUUCGCCAAGAACCGGUCCUCAAGACCUAGAUUAAGAAGAAAUGAUUUCCCAGAAGAUUUCAUUUUUGGAUCUGCAACUUCUGCCUAUCAGUGUGAAGGUGCUGCUCAUGAAGAUGGUAGAGGACCAAGUAUAUGGGAUACCUACUCCGAAAAAUUCCCAGAGAAAAUAAUGGAUGGUAGUAAUGGGUCCGUUGCAGAUGAUUCUUACUACCUUUACAAGGAAGAUGUGAAUUUGCUGCAUCAAAUUGGCUUCAAUGCUUACCGAUUCUCAAUCUCCUGGUCUAGGAUUUUGCCUCGUGGGAAUUUAAAAGGUGGAAUAAACCAGGCUGGAAUUAACUAUUACAACAACUUGAUUAAUCAACUUCUGUUGAAAGGAGUGAAGCCAUAUGUCACAAUCUUCCACUGGGACUUACCAGAGGCACUCGAAGUUGCUUACGGUGGCUUCCUCGGAGCCGAGAUUGUGAAUGAUUUCCGGGACUAUGCGGAGCUCUGUUUCCAGAAGUUUGGAGAUAGAGUAAAGCAUUGGAUGACGCUAAACGAGCCAUUUACAGUGGUAAAACAAGGUUAUCUAACAGGUGAAAAGGCACCUGGAAGAUGUUCUAGUUUCACUAAUCCUAAUUGCCUUGGUGGUGAUGGAGCCACCGAGCCUUACAUCGUCGGCCAUAACUUUCUACUCGCUCAUGGAGCCGCUGUCAAAGUCUACAGAGAAAAGUACCAGGCAACUCAGAAAGGUGAAAUUGGUAUCGCCUUACAAACAGAUUGGCACUACCCUUAUUCAGAUUCAUAUGCUGACCGUUCAGCCACAGCUCGAACCACUGCAUUCACCUUCGACUACUUCAUGGAGCCUAUCGUCAACGGUAAAUAUCCAACUGAAAUGGUUAACCAUGUGAAAGAUGGCCGUCUUCCUACAUUCACACCAGAAGAGUCCUCAAUGCUUAAAGGAUCGUACGAUUUCAUAGGAAUUAACUAUUACUCAUCCUCCUACGUAAAAGACGUGCCAUGUGCAACUGAAAACAUUACCAUGUCCACUGAUUCCUGCGUCAUGGUCAUAGGUGAGCGAAAUGGGCUGCCUAUCGGUCCAAUGGCUGGAUCGGAUUGGCUUUUGAUUUAUCCUAAGGGCAUUCGUGAUCUCUUACUAUAUGCAAAAUUCAAGUUUAAUGAUCCCGUCUUGUACAUAACAGAAAACGGAGUGGAUGAAGCAAAUCUUGGCCAAAUAUAUCUUAACGACGAUUUGAGAAUUGAUUACUAUACUCAUCACCUUAAGAUGGUUCAGGAUGCUAUCUCGAUGGGAGUGCAUGUGAAAGGAUAUUUUGCAUGGUCGUUGAUGGAUAACUUCGAGUGGGCGGAAGGAUACACGGUCAGGUUUGGGCUAGUGUUUGUGGAUUUUGAAAAUGGACGUAAGAGGUAUCCGAAGAAAUCAGCUAGGUGGUUUAGGAGAUGGUUGAAGGGAGAUUAUAAUGGGACUAAUCAGCAAGUGGCUGUUAUUUAGUAAAUCACGGGCCUCUAUAUUAAAAAAACAAGUAGUUUUUAUAAACUAUUUAUGUUACCAGCUAUAGCAUGUGUUAUUAUCCAGAUUUGAAUUAUUCUUCGCUACUGAAUUAAUUGU